GGUUUAAACCCUAAAAGGGAGCACCACAAUUGCAGAACUCAGGCAUGGCUUCACUCAACCUUCACUCUCUUCACUCCCUUCACUCUCCUCCUCACCCAUCACGAUUCUCAUCCCAUUUCCUGAAUACGAUUUCACUUCAAUUUUCCUCUCCAAUUCCGUUCCCAACUCUAAUUAUUCGCCAAUUCAACCGAAUCUCGAGACCCUAUUGUUUCAAUGAACAAAUGGACGUCCCUCUUGAUUCAUCCUCAGCUUUGUCCACCACCAUGGACAAAAGCGCUGACCUAGUACUGGAUAGCAACAAAAAUGAAUUGAUUCGGAACGCUGUGUGGGUGGGCGUGGCCACGAUCGCUAGCAAGAUUCUGGGAUUACUCAGGGAGAUUGUUCUAGCUUCAGUUUUCGGGAUAGGCCCGGUGGUUACUGCAUUCAAAUAUGCUUCAGUGAUUCCUGGCUUCACUGCAUCGCUUUUGGGUGGUGUAAAUGGUCCUAUCCACAUUACUAUGGCUACCACUCUAAGCAAGCUUCCAGAGGUGCGGAGGAGGAAGCUGUUUCAACAUACAAAUGCUUUCAUGUUCCUGGUAGGAGCUGCUGUGGGCUCUGUUGUGUUUGUAUUUGCUGAGUCCAUUAUUCAUAUUUAUGCUCCUGGAUUUUGGGUCUUGGCAGAAGGACAAAUAACUAGAGAAAUAGCAAUUGCACAACUGAAAAUAAUGGUUCCCUGCAUAAUUUUUGCUGGUCCUGUUGGACUUGGCUUUGGAUAUAUGAGCGCAGAAGGAAGUAACUUCCUUCCUUCUAUUAGCCCUGCUUUGUCAAGCAUGCUCAUAAUUGCCACUUGUAUUGUAUAUGUUCUCAUGAGACGAUUAAAUCCUCUUCUAGCAGGUGAUGCAUUAUCUGGUGGAAUGCUAAUAUCUUUUGGAGCUUCAAUUGGUUCUUUUCUGCAGUGGAUUAUCCAGGUUUUUAAAAUUGAUAUUACUUUAGAUUUGGACAUUCUGCAUUCUUUUUUACAAUAUUAUUACUCAUGUGCCUUUCAGGUCAUUAUGCAUGAGAGAAUGUGGCAAAAUUCCAAUCCGGUUCCAUGGAUGAAUGUUUUAAAGGAUAAAGAUGUUCAUGAGUUUUUCUCAUUGAUGCUUCCAGCCACAAUCAGUUCAGGCUUGACACAAAUUGCAUCGUUCACUGAUUUUUAUUUUGCAUCUCUCAUACCUGGUGCUGCUGCUGGUAUCUCUUAUGCUUAUCUUUUGGUCAUGGCACCAUUGGGCCUACUUUCAAGCAUGAUUGUACUGCCUCUUCUACCUACUUUCUCAAGAGUGGCAAAGACUUUAUCAUGGCCUCACCUAAUGGAGAUCCUCAUACGAGCAGUUCUACUUUGCAUGGUACUAAUCCUGCCUGUUUUAUCAACAAUGUGUGUAUUGGCAAAACCAAUCAUCCGUGUAUUAUUUCAACGAUAUGCAUUUGAUUCUGCAGCAAGCACUCUGGUUUCUUCUCUGUUUCUUUGUUAUUCUCUUGGCUCACCAUUCUACAUCAUCAGAGAAUUGCUAGAUGCAAUUUUUUAUGCCCUUGGAGAUGGACAACAACCAUUUCUCAUCACUGUGUGUGCUAUUGCUUUGAAUGCCAUCCUAGACUGGCUUUUUACCUCCAGAUUCCACCUUGGAGCACAGGGACUGGCACUUUCAACGUCAAUUGUUACUGCUUUGUCAGUCUUGAUACUGUUCCAUCUCCUCGUGAAGAAAUUAGCAGGAGUAAUUGACUAUGCAGCACUGGUGUGUCCUCUCUUGCUUCUAUUUUCUUGCUGUGUUGUCUCUGGCCUCACCACAUCCUUUGCCUAUAGGACAUUGCAAAGUCUUUUGUCCUCUGUGUUUAUCCUAAGGUUUCAUAGGAUUCAAGAGUUGCUCUCCAUUUCUAUGGCUGGUCUUGCAGGGAUCAUUAGCUUUUUCUUUCCACUUAUUGUGCUUCAUUUCUCCGGAUUCAGACUAGUGAGGGAAAUGUCCGAUACAUUGAAGAACAGAUAGUACAAUUUUAAAUCCUCAUUCUCAAUAUCGUCCCUUAUGAACGUGGCUGUACCUCCAUCCAGACUGAAUUUUAUAACCAUGGCUAAUUGUGGUCAGACAGAAGCAACCAUCCACCAUCCGCAUUGCAACUUAGUUUUUACCUACUCAUUACUAUUCUGUAACCAAAAGAGUAAAUGGUGGAAUCGGUUUGAACUAUGGAUGUUUACACUUAACAGAGAAUUUCUUGUGCAGAUGGCCUCUAGGCCACAUUAAGAUAGAACAGCGUAUUGUAAGAGGCAGGUUCUUUGUACAAAACAAACCCACUUGUAAAGAAACGUACCAGUGUUGUAACAAUGCUUUAUUUGAGUGGAUUAUGACCUUCAUUAACACGAAGGGUUCGUGCCUAA